AUGGCCCAAGAAUACAAGUUAAAAGGCCUAAGCUCCUUUGGAGACUUGACAAACACCACCGACAAGAUUGAAGCUGAAGUGGAAGGUGUACCCGAUGGAAAAGUACUGCUUGUCAAUAUGGAUGGCAAGGUUCAUGCGAUGAGCCCGCACUGUACGCAUUAUGGUGCACCGUUGAAGAAUGGCGUUGUGUCGCCGGAUGGACGGCUUACCUGUCCUUGGCAUGGAGCCUGCUACAACAUCGGAACUGGAGAUGUCGAGGAUGCGCCCGCUCUGAAUGCCUUGCACAAAUUCGACGCCUUUGAAAAAGACGGCGCAGUAUACAUUCGCGCUACAGAGGCCGAUAUAAAGUCUGGACAGAGGAAUCCUGUUGGCCAGUGCAGCGUCUCCAAGUCUGACGAGAAGGUUGUCAUCAUCGGAGGUGGAAGCGGAACCAUCGGCUUGGUCCAAGCACUUCGCGAACUUAAAUACCCAGGUCCCAUCACUAUCAUUUCCAGAGAACCAGAAUACGUGAUUGAUCGCACGAAAUUGUCCAAGGCACUUAUCCCAGACGCAUCCCAGAUCCUCUGGCGCCCGGAUGAAUGGUACGCCGAGGCAGGGAUCGAAAAGCUCGUCGACGAAGUCAAGGCCGUGGACUUUUCAGCGAGACUCCUCUCCACUGCUUCGGGCAAGAGUAUUAACUACACUAAGCUCGUGCUGGCAACAGGAGGAACGCCACGCUCGCUUCCACUGCCCGGGUUCAAGGACAAUGAACUGAAGAACAUCUUCCAACUGCGCACUGUCGCAGAUGUCCAGUCUAUCCUGGACGCAGCAGGUGACCAAAAGAAGCAGAUUGUGGUAAUCGGCUCCUCGUUCAUCGGCAUGGAAGUCGGAAACGCACUGGCCGGCAAAGAGCACAACGUCACGAUCGUCGGAAUGGAAAGCGCCCCAAUGGAGCGCGUAAUGGGCGCAAAAGUCGGCCAAAUCUUCCAGAAAAACCUUGAGAAGAACGGCGUCUCAUUCAAGCUCUCCGCAGGCGUGGAGAAAGCCACACCUUCUGAGUCAAAGUCCAACACCGUCGGCGCAGUUCAUCUUAAAGACGGAACCGUCCUUCCAGCCGAUCUAGUCAUUCUGGGCGUUGGCGUCCGUCCCGCAACAGACUUCCUUCAAAAUAGCGUCUCUCUUUCACUCCAGGAAGAUGGAUCCCUCGCUACAGAUGCCAACUUCGUCGUUGAAGGCCAUAACUCCGUCUUCGCUAUUGGUGAUAUUGCUACAUUCCCUUACCAUGGUCCCGGCGGAAAUGGAACCCCUGUCCGCAUCGAACACUGGAAUGUAGCGCAAAAUGCCGGAAGAGCCGUUGCGCGCGCGAUCGUCCAUGCGAGACAUUCGCCAUUGUCGUCUCUCCCGCCUAAGCCUUUUAUCCCCAUUUUCUGGUCUGCGCUUGGUGCUCAGCUGCGGUACUGUGGAAACACGGUCAAUGGGUAUGAUGAUGUGGUUUUGAAGGGUGAGCCGGAGAAUGGAAAGUUUGUGGCUUAUUAUACCAGUGGGGAUGUAGUUGUUGCUGUUGCUACUAUGGGAGUUGAUCCUGUUAUGUCCAAGUCGGCAGAUUUGAUGAGAAGGGGAAAGAUGCCCGGGAAGAAGGAGAUUGUUGAUGGUUUGGAUGUGUUGCAGGUCAAAUGA